CUCUUCCGUGUCCGCUUUACCGCCGCCGCCGCCUCCGCGCCGACUGCCUCCCCCCCUCCCCCCCCCGACCUCGGCCCCGGAACCGCCGCCGCCCCGACAGCGAAAUGUUGGCUUCAAGGGCUCUGGGGUUUGUUACCAAACGUGCACUUUCUACUUCGGUUUGCUUGCAAGGACAUGCUGGAGUUGCAAAGCUCGACGAUUAUUCACUUCCAAAGUACUUGGAUCGCAAAGAUGAUCCUCUCCCAGAAAUUGACUAUGUGAAAAAUUUGGAUGCAAACCAGAAGUCUCUUAAGGAGAAAGAGAAAGGUUCUUGGGCUACCCUUAGCCAUGAGGAGAAAGUGGACUUGUACAACAUCCGCUUCCAUCUGACCUUUGCUGAAAUGAACAAAUCUUCGAGCGAAUGGAAGACUGUUGUUGGCGGGAUCCUGACCAUGAUGGGCCUUACUGGACUUGUUGUCUGGUGGCAGAGAAUAUUCGUUUACGGAGAAGUCCCUCACACCUUCUCUGACGAAUGGAUAGCAAAGCAAACCAAGCGGAUGCUGGACAUGAGGGUUAACCCCAUCACAGGUUUUGCUUCUCAUUGGGACUAUGAGAAGAACGAGUGGAAGAAAUGAAGAAAUUCUAGGAUUCGUCGGAGUACUUACUCAAGUUACCACUUUCAAAUGGAAGCAUUUACCUGUUGAAACAAUUAAUUUACUGUCGGGGGUUAUCUGUAAAUUUAAUAAACUCCUCUGGUUUAC